AAUUAAAAAAAAACAAAGGCUGUCUUUCUCUUUCACGGGAAGCUCUUUCUUUUGAUUUCUUUCUUUACACUUACGAGCUUUGAGUUAAUAAUAUAGGUAGAAGUUUAAUUAAAAUAAACAUAUAUACAAAUAAACCAAGUAUUGAGUGAUCACGUACAGUUUAGGAGUAAAUAUAACACGAUUGGCCGCGGCUAGAGUUCAAUAAACUUCGAUCUCCGACAGGCCUUUUAGAAAUGUCAUUAUUGGAUUUUAUUGUGAAUGUUUUGUGAUUCCACCGCAAAUAUCUGUGAGUACUGGUGUUCGAAGUCGUGUUGCUAUGGAAAAUCAAAAUCCUCCGGAGAGAGUGGUUCCGGUGCAAUAUGGUCGAGGAUCAAGAGCCUUUCGUCAGUUUAAGAAUCCACCUCAGCCGCACAUGUGUAUACAGGACACUAUUAAGGGCACGACGGAGAAACUGUACAUUAAUGUGUUGGGAUGGCAGAAAAUAGCGAAUCCGAAACAGUAUUCCGAUCCUAUUCCUUUGUACGGUGGAAUGCAGGUGCCGCAAAACUACGGACCCAACGCUGGCAGGCCUCCGAUGAUUGUAUUUGCGGUGAUGGUCAACCCAGAUAUACUCAAAGCCAAUGGCAAAAAUGCUACCAGCCCAACGGACCGGGAAGCCCUAGUAAGUCUCCUCUGUGACUUUGUGGAGGCCAUGAACCCGGGGCUUGUGUUGGCAAGGAACCCUGUCAUCAUGAAGGAUCGAGACCUGGCCGGGGAGCUGAAGGAUGUGUGGCUUGCUGUCCAGAACAAGAGGGAACGAGAAAAGGGCAUGAACCAGGAUGUUAUGUAUAAGGUCUAUGACAUAGAUGGUAUUGGUGAAGAUAAUAUAAAUGAAGAUGACAACAGUCCUAUGAAGCAAAGUGGGUCUCCGAACAGAGGGCCGAAUGGUGAUAAGAAGCCUGUCAAGUCUUCUAAGCAGAUUCUUCUAAAUGCUGGUCAAAAGUCAGAGUUUGAUUCUGGCAUGAACAACUGUCAAAUAAACCAGAGCCAUGCCAACAGAGAUAAUAAAACCGGCAACACUCCCGAUACGACUUACUGCACGCCGGUGUACGGACAGAUUGUAUCCACUCGAGAAAACCAUAAUCAAAUCAAUGACAUCCAACAAAAGUUCUCCUCAAACGAAAUGAAACCUUCAAGCUCCUUCAGGAAAGACUGGAAUCCAAUGCACGGCAAAACAACAGAGGGCUGGGACGAAUUCUCAAAACGUAACAUAUCGACGAUAAAAAACGACGAAAAGAAACGAUGUGUGAAAGAUAAAUCUAAGAUUAGCAAUGGUAAAUCUCACUACGAUUUCUUCCCGUAUUUUGACAAUAAAUCGGCGAACGAAACGGACGGACCCGAAGAAGACAGUAUGAACAAAGAACAAAAUUCGAUCGAUGAAAAUUCUAAAAUAAUUAUAGACCCAAUGCAGAAACUAGUUCUGCAUUCGACUGAUAAGAAUAUAUGUGAUAAUAACACAAGUGCUCUCAGCUCAAUAAGCUCAUAAAAUAAGCUUUUACAUUUUGUAUGGCAGUUGAUGUUGAAUUAUGUAAUCGCUUGUGUGUCUAUGUUGUCUCCUUAGUCACACACAUUCGUAAUUGGUUUUGGUUUGACGGAACUGCAAUCCGUUUGUAUGUUCUCGAGUCACAAGGAAACCGAUUGCAAGAGUGUUAUGCCAGGGCGAAAUGUUAACCUAGCAAUAGCAAUUUAGGCGGAGCAAUAUUAUAACUAUUAUUUUAUGAUGUUUUAACAAAUAUUAAUGUUUGAGUAUGAGAUAUGUAUGCAUGCCUUGCAUUUGAUGAGUUUCGUUAGUUUUUUAGGUCACAUAAAAACCAGUCCAGCCAAAAUUAUUGUCUGUCACACAUUUUACAGUAGUUAGUGUAAAGUUUUUAGAAAAUCGCAACUCAAUGGUGCAUGAAAAGUGUAAAUGUUUUUUAUCACCUAAAGUAAUUUAUAUUUAUGGAUCAGCUAUGUUUCGUCUCUACCACUUCUUUUUCAAUUUGGCAGACUAUUGUAACAUUAUACUGUACCUGCACUACUGGCCGAUAGAAGACAUCAAAGGCCAGUUGAGUAAUGCAUGGUGGUAAACAUGGAGGUUUGUCGGAAGUGGGUUCGAACCCAACAUGAGCAAUAUGGAGUAUACAACAUGCUUUCGUGUGUGAGUGCGUUUUAUAUGGUUGUGUAUUAUCUAAUGUUGUUCAACGAGCGUUGCGUUGGUUCAAACUAGGCCGAUCGAUGUUACAAAAGACUGAUUUAUCUUUGGCGCAAACUAACUCUAGGUAUGCGCAGAUUCCCUAACAAAGUUUUCAAGCAUGUCUGAUGUGAAAGGAAAUUAGAUAAACGAUAGAGAACGAUCAAGGUUAUUUAUACAUAUAUUAGCCUAAUUUGAACAAACAAACAAUUCUAUAAUAUUGAUAAUUUUUAUAUAAUGCUAUAUUUUUCAUUGUUGCCAAUUUACUAUAUUUAAAUCCUGAGCUUGUUACACUUUACAAUCACUGAAGGGAAAGUCGAAGAUAUUGUUCCCGCGGCCAACUAUUUGUUGCGAGAGAGUGAAGGAUCAGUAACAUUAGUGGAACUUGGGGUCACACAUAUGAACAAAACUAUUUUUAUGCACCUCACAUCCCUCUAAUGUUACCUAGAAUGAAAAGAAUUCGAAGAGUGUUUGGAAUAAAGGAUGGAGUGGUUUAUUAAAUAAUAUUAUUUUCGAAAUUCAAUUUAAAGAGUUAAAAUUUUGUUCAUAUUAUUAAAAUAUUUAAAUUCUCAAAGUGACCAAUAACAAGCAAAAUAUUUUGCUUGUUUUAUCUCUGUCUAUUGAUCUCAGAAUUCAUUAAUAGAUUUUCUUUUCACGAUGAAUGCCCGUAGGCGUUACCCAACACUGCCAAAUGAUGCUUCAUAAACUCGACACUAGACGGAAUAAGUAACAUCGACAACAUGACGAACAAAAGCGCACACCAACAUUCCCAUCAAUCUAGAUUCUAGAAAUAUGUAAUUACAAAACGAUGUGAAGUUACGAACAAACUACAUGUCUAAAGGCGCGUACGCACGUACGAACUCGAACAUAGCGAACACAAACACCAGACCCGAACAUUUGGUUUGUACGUAUGGACGGCAUAUUCGAACACGAACGCAAACAUAGUUCGAGUCGAGUUCGCGAACAACAGUCGUGAACUCUAUCUUAGUAGCCAUGACAGCGCCGUUGGAAGUGGUCGAUUGUGAAGUUAUUAAAGCGCUUCGAACAUCGUCCAUACAGAACACACUACAAGGAUCGCCGCGAACAUGUUUGACGAACAGAGUGUUCGAUGUUCGAUAGUGGUACGCACGUGCGAACCAAGUUGUUGCAUAUCAUGUAACGCAACAAAUUUGUUCGUACGUGCGUACGCGGCUUUAGCGCUCGCUUUGUCACAAUCAUUAAGACUGAUCUUUUCGGAUUUGCAGUUGAGUAAAUAUUUUUAGUCAUAAUGUAGUAAAACAAUUUCACUGAACAAAUUAUAUCAGAUACUUAGUUUAACAAUUGUUUAAACAUUAUUUCUGUAAGAUAGACCUGCCAGUCCCGAUAGUAUUGUAUACUAGAUUGAUUGUGGUCUGUGCGCUGUUUUAUUGAAAUCUAUCUAUCGUGGUUUUAUCUCAAAUUCGAUGUCACUUAUGCAUGUCCUAUAACUUUGUUUAACUUUACACAAUAAACAUUCUCGUCUUGAAUAUAUACUAGUGAGGAAUUCGCAAUUAAAGUAGAUUUUAUAUGGUUGGUUAGUCAGUAACAUAAUUCAGUCUGUAGGUACAUAAUAAGUCAUGACCUUUGUGCAAUCCCUUGGUUCUUUUUUAUUAUUUAAAGUUUUAUUUUACUAGUUAUCAUGUAUAUUUUUAUAGGCUGACCAGAGGUAAAGAUCUCAUACCCUUUGAUGCCAGCAGCAAGCAGUUGAAUAUCUUAUCCUUUUACUAUCUAAAAUGUUCUACAAUGCUUUACUGCUCAUUUUAAGUCUCCACAAACUUUUGAGGUAUAUACUGCUGUUAAAUAUGAUGUAAGUAUCGAUUAAAUUGAUGCUAUUAUUCGAUUUUUAGAACGAAUAUCCAAUGCCGUCAGCAGUGUAUCGCAAAUAAUUUAAUUGUAACAACACAGGAUCUUUUGAUAAACGUUGAGUUACUAUUGCCUAUAACUUGUUUGUGAAUAGAAAUAGCAGAAAUGUGUGAAAAGGAAUCGAUACACUUCAUUUCUUGUAAAAAGGUAUUCCAGUUUUUAGAAUAAAUUCUCACUGUUCUAGUGGUGCUGUGUUGGCAUUAUUUAUCAGAAGAUGGUAAUGAUAGACUUGAAUAAUUUUCUUGACUCAACAUUUAUUGAAAGCUCUCCACUUCAGAUCAAUGAAAUUGCAUUUAUUAACAAAAGAUUUUCUUGUAUAUUUUUUAUGUGCUACAUUUACAUUUAGUUUGGUAUUUUAUAAAGUAUUCCUUUUAACAUUAUUCAUAGUUUUUAGAUAGGUACAAUCAUUAUUGUAGUAUUUUUUGUAUGUGCCCUAGGUACGUAGUUAUGCUAUACCCAAUGUUCCUUUGAUAUAAAUUAUAUUAAUUUGUAUUGAAUUGUAUCAUCAGACAUGUAUAUUUUAAAUUUAGUCUUUAUUUUGUUAUGUUUAUUGGUGUACCUUAUAUAAAGUGAAUUUCACUUAUGAUAUAAAGAAUUUUGAUUGUUUUUCCCAUGAUUUUGUUUGAUUUUUCAGUGGAUACAAUGAUUCGAUUUUAUGUAAUUGAAAUGCUAAUCUUAUUGUAAUACUGUGUACAAUCAUUACAAUACCUAUGUGCUUAUCAGGAUUUCUAAACUCAUAUUUAAUUUAUUUCUACCCAUCAAAAAUUCAGGACAAGUGAUUGUGCUGUGAGUGAAAUUCAUUUUAUUUCACAUUUCUGGGUUGUAAGUCCCAAAAAUAUCUAUUAGUAGAAAUAAAGCUGUUAUAAAUAAAAUAAUACAAUUCAUGUUAAAAAUAUUCUGAACUAUGUGAAGUUUUAGUAACUAUGGAAUAGAUGUAUUUUUUGAUUUUAUAAAGUAAUAAAUCUGUAAGUUUAUAAAUAUUGUACCUACCUAAUAUAAUGGAAUUUAAUAACAGAUCUCUUGUUUACAGUAUUUAAAAUUACAUGUCAUUUACAAGACUG